CAAAAACUUGAGACACGAUCACGUGAUGAUUGUGCUCAACGCGUCUGAAAUCUGAUUGGCAGUCAUCACCAGACUAGGAACAUAAACUGCAGCAAGGAUUGCGGCUAACAGCGAAAUUCUGGCGUAACUUGAGCAUUUCGGUCUCCCCGGACUUCUUGUGUGAUGUGGGAAGCCGCCGGCAAGCUACAGCCGGGUUGCAUUUCACAGCGUCUGGGGUCACGAUGUGCAGCACAAAUCCCACGGCUCCAAGAAGCUCGGAAUGCCUCCAGAGCUGAUAUAAAUUGGUUUCCUUUUGGGACUGCGAGUUCGAGCGACCCAUGAGACACUUCUCCCUCCUCUCGGUUCUGACCCUUUUCUCCGCCAGCGCCGUCCAAGGCAUUGUGGUGCCGGCGGUGGACCCGGCGAACCACCCCCACUCCUCUGCAACAGGCGUCAAAGUGCAGGGCCAUAACGAGACGAUCAACGGUGUCCUGACCUACGUCUCGAAACCCGCGCACGGAAAAUUCGAUCCCAAGGUCGCGGUCCUGCUGCUCACGGAUGUUUUCGGAAUAGCAUCCAUCGACAGCCCUCUGCUGGCGGAUCAAUGGGCCAAUGCUGGCUUCCAGGUCUUCGUCCCGGAUUACCUGAACGGCGACGCUCUGCCUCUAGUUGGCGGCAAUCUCACUUCGUGGAUCGUCAACCACGGCGAGGCGCAGACCACUCCGCCUCUGCUGGCUGUCGUGGAUGCGCUGAAGAAGCAAGGCAUCAAGCGCAUCGCUACCACCGGCUACUGCUUUGGCGUCGGCACGACGGCCCACCCGUCCCUGCUCGAGGUCCCGAACGACUUUGACCUCGCGAAGGCGCAGUCACACGUCCCGAUCGAGAUCAACAACGCCGAGCUGGACACCGGCUUCACGCCUGCCGUUGGGGUCACUGUCGACGGUCUGAUGGACGACGGCCAGUACAAGCCCGGCUAUGCCAGGAAACAGUUCAACGGAGUCGGCCACGGCUUCGCGGUGCGCGUAGCCAACCUGUCCGAUCCCGUCCAAGUCGCUGCGAAACAGGGCGCCUUCGACACAUCCCUAGCCUGGAUCCAGCAGCAUCUUCAUCAUUGAGCAGUUGAGAGCGACAGUAUUACGCACAUGUAACCGCAUCGCACGAAUGUGAACAUCGUUACCACUUUCGGCAAUAUAUGCGUGUGGUUUGAUCGCAG